GACUCCGCCCCUUUUCCCCCUUGGAAGCCUCGGAGUCCCGGAAAAAAAAAAGCACCAUGCUGGCUGCGCUGGCGAUCGCCCGGCGGGGGCUCUUGGGGGGCGGCUCGGGCAUCACUUUUUCUCGGAGUAUACAGACAGGCGUCCAGAGAUUUCAAACAUUACUGGAAAACUCAGACUCAGCAACAGACAAAGAGCUAGAUUCCACACAGUCAAAGGGCUUCAGCUAUUUCCCUCCAGUGCUGGGAGAAGAAAGUUCCUUGCGGUGGGAUGGAAAGAAGUUUGAAGAAAUCCCAAUCGUUCAUAUCAAAGCUACCUACAAUAACACUCACAUCCAGGUUUUCACAGCUGAGAAAGUACCCCUGGUCCUACUAACCUGUGGCUACAUGGGGUUCAAGAAUGCGAAGAAAUCGACAGCUCUUGCAGCGCAGACAACUGGCAUCGCAGCAGGAAACAAAGCAGCUAAAAAGGGCGUGUACCACGUACGGGUUGUGGUGAAAGGCCUGGGACCUGGGCGGCUGGCAGCCAUCCAAGGCUUAACCUUAGGAGGGCUGGAGGUGAUCUCCAUCACGGACAACACGCCAGUGCCACACAACGGCUGCCGUCCUCGGAAAGCACGGAGGCUGUGAGAGGAGGGGAGUCAGGAGGGAGGAAGAGAAGACGCUGUGCCUGGAUCUCAAAUAGUUUAUGCAGCCAUCUUUGGGCAGAUAUUUUUCUCACUGCAACUUUCAGAGCAGGGACAGGCUCGAGGGUUUGGGAAGGCAACCCAGAGACUUAUGUUUAUAAAGUGUGAAUAUUAAAAAAUAAAAACUUGCCUCCAUCUCGGAGGGACUCUUGGAAUUACA